GUGUGCUGAUAUUUGUAUAUCUGAAUCUCCCUAUGCAUCCUGGAUUGGACGUGAUGCCACUCAUGGGGCUCUGAUGCUGGGCUCAUCGAUUCCAUUGUAAGGAUUGUAAGGAUCACUUUCCAUUCCAUUCCUUUCCAUUGGGUUUCUGCAGAUGUUAUUGGUUUCUCUCCAGCUUCCCCCUCCUUCCUCCUGCUUCUCCCCUCCCUGCUUGCAUGGCUUUUGUAGUUGCACAGCAAUGUGCCUGCCUGUGACCUAAACACUUGGAUUCCUUCCCUGUCGCUGUCCGUCACAAUCCCACCAAGAGUCUGUAACUGAGACAGCAGCCCCAUUUAAAGCCCAGACCCUCCCGACGCUUGGCAUUGAGUAAGCACAUAUUACAUGGAUGAUCCUUUACCCAAAGAUCACAGAGGUCAUUGGUGAAUUGGAGAUGGAUGGUCGGUUGUGUCUGGCCCCCCUCCCUGCUGGACCCCUCCCAUGCUCCUUAAGGUGAGACAAGGACAGCAGCACCAGCUCUACUGGAGGCCACACAAUGGAGAAGAUGGAAGAGGUACCACUGGGCCCUUUAAUCGCUGGUUCCAUCUAAUGAGUGGACUUGGUUCCUGCUGAUGCUGCUGGUGCUUCCCUAUAGCAGAGUCUCAUGUUGGUUCCUCCUACUCCCCCAGUUUCCAUGUUCUCUCCUGGCUGUGGAUAUGCAUUUGAAUAGUCGGCGUGCCAGUGCCUGGAAUUUGCCUUUGCCACCUGCUAGCGCUUGUAUGGUCCCCCAGCUUUCCAAGGUAUUGGCCCUUCAGCAUCCAGUGUCAGAAUGGAACGCAGGCCGGAGGAACACACUAUGGAGUAUUUGGUGCUGGAAGAAGCCUGUUAGAGGAACGUGCAGGGAUUGAAGAUUGAAGGACCCCAGCCUCUGACACCCACCAGUACAGGAUCAUUUCUCAGGGUGCAGAAAGGCAUGUGGCACACAGUAUAAUGAUGAUGAUUGAUACUCAGAGCUCCACGCAGGAGAUUGGAGAAGAGGUGGAUGACGGCGUUAUCUACAGCAUCUCCCUGCGCAAAGUGCAGCUCCAUCACACCGCCAACAAGGGGCAGCGAUGGCUGGGGGUAAGCAGAGUUCCAUCUCCCAUGGGCUGUGCAGACGGCGGGCUUGCUGGACUCCGGGAUACCACGGUCGAGAACGAUUCAGGCUUGAGCUUGUACGAGACCUGCAAGGUGAGGUCCAUCAAGGCUGGGACCCUGGAUAAGCUGGUGGAAUAUCUGGUCUCUGCUUUCAAAGGCAACGACUCCACCUACGUCACCAUAUUCCUUUGCACUUACCGGGCCUUUGCCACCACUAAACAAGUGCUGGAUCUUCUCCUGAACAGAUUUGGGCACCUGCACCCACAGCUAAACGGGGAACAUUCUCACAACACUGUGGAUGAUCGUCUCGAGCUGAAAAACACCAUCUCCUCCAUCCUGGGAGCCUGGCUGGAUCAGUACUUUGAGGACUUCCGGCAAGCCCCGGAUUACACAAGUUUGAAACAGCUCAUUACAUACGUUAGGCACAAUAUCCCUGGGUCAGACUUGGAGAGAAGAGCUUGCAAUCUCUUGACCCAGUUCAAGAGGCAGCAGAUCAGCGCAUUGGAGCCAGAUGUUGUGGACCACUCAAGUUGCACAUUGCGCCUGGUGGAAGAACCUUUGUUGUUGGAUGGGAAACCCGACUUCUUGUCCUUCCGUCAGGAUAUGGUGGCUGAACAGUUUACCGUUAUGGACGCUGAACUUUUUAAGAAGGUGGUGCCUUAUCAUUGCUUGGGUUGCAUCUGGUCUCAAAGGGACAAGAAGGGCAAGGAACACCUGGCGCCAACCAUCCGUGCCACCGUCUCCCAGUUCAACAGUGUCACUAACUGCGUCAUAUCUGCAUGCCUUUGUGACCGUUCUCUGAAGCCUCAGCAGAGAGCCAAGGUGAUAGAGCGAUGGAUUGAGGUGGCAAGGGAGUGUCGCAUCCUAAAGAACUUCUCAUCGUUACGGGCCAUCUUGUCUGCGCUGCAGUGCAACGCCAUCCACCGGCUUAAGAAGACGUGGGAUGAAGUGUCCAGGGAGAGUUACAGAAUAUUCACGGAACUUUCUGAAAUCUUUUCCGAUGAGAACAAUCAUUCUUUGAGCCGUGAACUGUUGAUUAAGGAGGGGACGUCCAAAUUUGCAACUCUGGAUAUUAACCCCAAAAGGGCGCAGAAGAGGCAGCAGCAGCAAAGAGAAAUGGGUGUGAUGCAAGGCACAAUUCCCUACUUGGGCACUUUCCUGACGGACCUGGUGAUGUUGGACACAGCAAUGAAGGACUAUCUGGAGAGCGGGCUCAUCAACUUUGAGAAACGACGAAAGGAAUUUGAAGUCAUAGCCCAAAUCAAGUUGCUGCAGUCAGCCUGUAAUAACUAUAGCUUCCUGCCCGAUGAGUCCUUUGUGGAAUGGUUCCAUAGCGUGGAAAGGCUCACUGAGGCAGAAAGUUAUAACCUGUCCUGUGAGAUUGAGCACCUCUCCGAAUCCGCCAGCAACACUCUGAAAGCCAAGAAAAACACAGGGAUCAUCAAGAGAUGGAGCGACCGGCAGCCGCCUAGCUCGGAGCCUUGCACCAGUGUCAGUUCCCACUCCAAGUCUUUUGACCAGCUCAAGUGCAGCCCCCAUAUGUGCGGAGGGGACACCAUGGACUCUCUCAGUGUCACCUCGGCUGGCUCCAGCAGCUCGGACGUGGAUGAAAUCAACAUCAGCUUUGUCCCUGAAUCCCCGGACUGUCAGGAGAAGAAGGUACGGGAGGGACCAUGCCAAGCACGGCCGAUACAGCCAGCGGAACCCUGCGUUCCUGAGGGGUUCUGGGAGUCAACCUCCCUUUCUUCGCUUGAUACAUCCGGAAUUGGCUCAGGUUCCAGUAGCGCUUCCUCCUCCUCUGUCUCCUCAACCCCUGUUUCCACUUCUCGGACGCACAAACGAUCUGUGUCGGGGAUCUCCAGCUACUCGUCCUUGUCCCUUCCCCUGUACAACCAGCAAAUAGACGAUUGUUGUAUCAUAAGGGUCAGCCUGGAUGUAGACAAUGGCAACAUGUACAAAAGCAUUCUGGUAACAAGCCAGGACAAAACACCCGUGGUGAUUCGGAAAGCCAUGGCCAAACACAAUAUUGACGGUGAGCGUGCGGAGGACUAUGAGCUGGUGCAGAUCAUAUCUGAGGAGAGAGAGCUGAAGAUCCCUGACAAUGCCAACGUGUUUUAUGCCAUGAACUCAGGUGCCAACUAUGACUUUGUACUGAAGAAACGCGGCUUCUCCAAAGGCAUGAAGAUCAAGCAGGGCUCCAGUUCUACGCUACCGCGCAUGAAGCAGAAGGGACUCAAGAUAGCCAAAGGCAUCUUCUGACACAUGCAAGGUGGUCAAAAAAGGCCUUGUUGGAGCCCCCCCAACAGGACAUUGGUGGGACCAGUGCCCCAAAAAGGACAGCACUUAAAGCUCCUGUACAGCUGAUGACUUUUCGGUUCAGAUGGGAGCGGUCACAGGGCUUGGGUUGACCCAGAUUCCUCUUGUUGACCAUGUGGAGAGAGGAAGACCGUCAAUGAGUGCUGGGCUUGUAAGAGUGGAUGAUGUGUGACCUUGCCCACCAACAGGACUCAAAAAAUCCACCUCCAUGCCUAAGGUGCCUUCAAGAGAAGGGUGGGGGGGACGUAGAAGUGUGAGAUGUUGUCCAACUUGUGCAGUGCCAAGGGAUUCAGUAUUAAUGUGAGAUGCUGGCUUUAUAGCACAACGUCCUAUGGCCUUGUUGAGGCUUUGUGGCAUUGCCCUUACAAUGUGGAAGACUAUGAUUGGGAGUCGCUUUCUCCUUCAUUAAAACGGACUUCCCCUGUUGGGUUUUCUUACCAACAUAAAGCACUUUCCAAAAAACAAAAAAAACAAUGAACCUUUUAAACUGUGAAAGCCCCAGAAGGAUAUUGUUGGCCUCUUAACAUGACCAUCAAGGAAGCCAUGAUAAAUCAAGGCUCGUUUAAGAGGAGACUGACACCCCUCAGUCCCGUCCCCUCUCUCUCUCUUCCAUCAUUGAGUGCAGCAUUUCAAAUCACACCAAAGAUGAAUCCCCCAACCCCACCAAUCCUUUCUCAACUGGUCAAUAGUUGCUCUUACUAGCUGGCCGGAGAAAGUUGAAAGUACUUAACCCCCUAAAACAUGUACAGUUUUUUCUUGUAAAUAUUAACUUUUUUUUUUUUUUUUUUUAAACUUGGGGCCAAAUUUGACAUUUCUAACUGAUCUCCAGGAACGGCAAUGGAGUGGGUCAGUACUGUGGAUUAACCUUCUUUUUUGCGUGCGUGUAAAAAAAAUUAAAAAAAAAAAAAAAAAAUAUUUAUUGGUUGUAAAUAGAAUGGAGACAAAUGAGAUACUUUAAUUCCCGUGCCAUCCGUUUCAACGAAUGCUUGGCACCUUUGGGUAACUGUAAAUAUUAUGAGCUGUGUGAUUAACGUUUGUACACUUAAAUGCUUGUUAACCUUAAUGAUGCCUUAGCCUGUUACAUGCUAAACAGCAUUCACAUGGUUAAGUCUUUUUUUUUUUCCCCCCUUUCUCUACAGGAUUUGCCAACAGGCUGGUAACGUACCGGCGAUUAGUUUGGGUUUGUAGUGAUGUUAUCUGGUCGGUUCACAAUGGCUGCCUGCGUUUUAGUUAAAACGAAAGAGGAAUUGUUUACAAAAAACCAAGGUUUUAAUUUGACUUUAUCAGGCCGAUGUUGGAGGCCUACCCAAAACAGUCAUGGACCUUGUAUGUGGUAUCUGGGCACCUUGCGUAACUGAUUCUGUUGCAUUGUUCAGAUUGUAAUCACAAUGUGAUUAAUGGUAUUAGUACCUGUUCAAGGUUCAUAACACUUUGAUUUGAAAACAAAAUCACAACGUGGUGGGGUCACGCUUGUUAAUACAAGUGACUCACCACUAGAGGCUGCCACAUUUAGAAUGGAUUAAAAUGUCAGUGCCCGUAGCUCAUUAAAGCUUAUGAGCUCUUGUAGUGGCCUCUUAUUCAAUGUUCAUUAACGUUUUAAUUGUAAUUGUGCACAGUUUUACUGUAAUCCUCCCAUUCUAAUGAUUGUCGUUCGGUACCAGCUAUCCAUGCUGAAGGGCUUUUUGGUUGCUAGGCUCUCAUCGCCCAGCAACCUGCUCAAAAAGCCCUUCCACCGUCACAACUGACUGUAACUGCCAGGGAUCCAGAUUAAACUGCAUUCAGACUGUCAGUCUAUAGUCAGGUGUGGGGCACCAAGCCAUACGGAUGGUUUCGUAGCCGAUUGGAGUUCUCAGUAGUUUGCCAAGGAUACUGGGAUUUGUAGUUCACAAGGUUAUCUGAAAUGUUUGGCUCAGCUGAUGCAGAAUGUUAUAAAUGCAGUUGUCCCUUUAAGAAUGGUGUGAGCUCUAAUUUAACUCUAAAUUUACCCAACACUAUUAAAAAAAAUGAGCAAGUCUUAUUUAUGUAGAUGGUGUUAUAAGCCAUGCACUACUUGUUAACACUAGGGAAUAUACGUCCCUUUCUCCUUAUUAGAACCCUACAUCAAAAAGAACAGUGGUUAGGUUUUAAAUGAAAUCUUCAGGGCAGAGAGUGGCUGGACUGCAAAUCCCAGGAUGCAUAGCGUGGUGUGUUUUUUUUUUUUUUAAACCUCUUGCGCCUUAAUGCCUCCUCCUUCAAUCUGACAUGCAUUGUUAUUUUUCUUGCACAGAGAUUGUGCUUGCCGCAUCAGCCGACCUCUGGAUUGUGUACAGAGAUAGAGGUGAUUUGAUACAGUUUACAGAGAAUUAAAGGGACACGAUGCCUAAUGGAAACUCACUACACAAUGAUAAGAGUUCAUGGUGUUCAAUCACACAGACUUGGUUGAAAUGUUAAAAAUCACAUUUUAUAAUGCAGGUGUUGUUUUUUCCUGCUUACUGGGGGAAGCCAUUUUCUCCUUGGCCUUACUUCCUGUUUGUUUCGCACACGCUCAGGAAGUUUUAGGGUGCAGCGGCAAAUGGCUUUCUCUGUCUUCUUGCAAAAUGCCACUCGAGGAAUCCUUUCUGAUGUAUUUUCUAUGCGCCAUCAGUGUCCCUUUAAGACUACCGUUCUUUCUGCCAUAACUUGGAGUUUACCUCCAUCCUUACAAGUGCCAAUCAGCCCUUCAGGGAAGUGAGGGUUAAAAAAAAAAGUGUGUGUGUGUGCAGUGAAUUCUGGGAUUUGUAGUUUAGCAGGCGUUCCUGCAGGGAGUCUUCAUGCUUGCCAGGGACCCUUACGAGGUGCAGCAAUGUUUAACCUAUGGCUUUAUCCUAGCAGCUAUGUGCACAAUGAAUAUUUGUGCUGAACCCCCAGCCACGUUUGUAAGUGAAGUGGUGCGACUAUUCCCAGUCACCACCGCUAAUGACCUGUAAACGUGUUACACCCCCUCACCCAUGGAGCACAGAUAGGUUAACACCCCCUCUAGUGGUCACAACAGUGUAAACACUAAUUUAUGUUUCUUACCCCCACAAAGUCCCCCCUUUUCUAUUCUAAGUGCAAUCUUUAUUUUUUUGUGUAUAAAUCCCUGUGUGUAUGUGGGUGUGUGCAUGUCCGUGGGACUGCCCCUUCCACCGGCGCAAAUGUUUACACUUGUUUCUUACCGUCUGGUUGUAUGAUGUGCUAUUUUGUAAACACGACUUAAAAAAAACAAACAAUUGAGCAGACUGUUCUAAAGAGCUGACUGUCACGAUGAAAUAAUACCUGUAAUAUAGUCUUUGCAAUAAAUUACAACUCAUGUCAA